AUGACCAGCUCUCCAGGUAUGCACUGCAACAAUGUGACCACAAAUCAGUGCGUGAAGUCAGACGGCAUGCAGGAAAAGAUACAUGAUCAGGAGGAUGUGGGAACAAGUGGAUUUGGCAGCCAGAGAGCAGGAAAGCAGCUGUGGAAUCAGCAUCUCAGUGCGGAUGAAGUAAUCAACACCAAAGAUGAGGAUGAAUCUCCUGAAACAUCUCCAAGGGUCACAGGUUCAUACAGUGACUUUCAGACCAGCUCAAGUAAAGAAUAUCAAGCACGGAAGAAGGUGAUGAACUACUUCCAAUCCAAACCGGAGAGGAUAGAGCUGAUAGCAGAUGUUUUAAAGUACGAGCUGUCCAGAGCUGUCAGUAGGAGCGUUGACUCUAUUUUCAAAAGCAUGCCACUUAUUCAGACAAACACUGAGGGGAAUGCAGAGACAGAUAUACGUCUUCAGUCAUCAGUUGAUCAAGAUGAGUUAGAACUAUCCUGUUGUGGAAAUGCAGAGGUGCAAGUCCCAGAUGUUCAAACUGAAGCUAUGUCUCUGGUCGUACUAAAGCCUCGACUGGAAAACAAGUUUGUCCACCACCAUCGUCCUCAACCUCCAAUCCUCUUCAGUAAUCAUGACUCUGCUCUGCAUGAAGAUCAGCCAACAGAGAGGAUUCACAACACCGUCCGUCAACAGGCCCUCAGGUGUUCUCAGGAUGCAUGCUCCAGAGUUGGUCCAGCAAAGUUUGACACACAUCGGAAUUCAAUCAAAGUGAGGUCGAAGGUCAACUCCAGGUCUGUGAGAAGCCCACAGACUCACACUGCGGCUGCUGACCCCAUGCUGAUGGAAAGCCUGUGUCUCCCUCAUGUCAAGAUAGAAUCUGACUGCCUUGUGAAGACCAACCUUUACAUGCUGAAUGAGGGUCUGACCACAAAUCAUCUGAAGAAAGCAAAGCUCAUGUUCUUCUACACGCGCUACCCGAGCUCCCUGGUGCUAAAGAUGUGUUUCCAUGAUGUGCAGUUCUCGCGCUGCAUCACCUCUCAGCUCAUCAAGUGGUUCAGUAACUUCAGGGAGUUUUUCUACAUCCAGAUGGAGAAGUUUGCCCGACACGCUCUCAUCGAAGGCGUCUCCGAUGUGCGGGGGCUGACUGUGGGUAGACAAUCAGAACUUUUCAGAGCUCUCAACAUGCACUACAACAAAGCCAAUGACUUCCAGGUCCCUGACAGUUUCCUGGAGGUUGCAGAGAUUACAUUAAGGGAAUUUUACAUUUACAUUUCAAUGGGCAAGGAUCGUGAUCCCUCGUGGAAGAAAGCGAUCUACAAGGUGAUCUGUAAACUGGACAGUGACGUACCAGCUCAAUUCAAAACUCGUCACUCUGCAUGACAACCAAGCAGAAGACAUCAUGUGCCACAGUCUGUCACAAUGUGGACUUACUCUCACCAAACUAUUUAGUUUAUAAUAAGGAACCUGUUGUAUUGCAUAAGUGCGUUAUGUACACGCUUGCACAUAUCGAGACUCCACAUA